CACAAGAUGUCAAACUUUGAGCUACCAAGUCGAAGCCUACCUGUUGUUAUUACUGAGGCAGGUAUUUGCGUUGUCCUGAACAUUACUAGCAUUAUUGGAAACAGUCUGGUUUGUAUAGCAGCAUACAGAAACCCAAACCUGCGAUCAACCACAAAUCUGUACAUUAUUGCUUUAGCAGUCAGCGAUCUCCUCUGUGCAACAAUAGAAAUGCCUUUAGCGUCUACAACACUGAUCAUUGGAAGAUGGGAUUUCAGUGAUGUAUUAUGCCAAAUUCAAGGUUUCGUUGACGGGUUCACCACCUACGCGACUCCUGCAACACUUGGUUUAACAGCGAUUAAUCGCUACGUAAAAAUUGUGAAGACGAACCUCUACAAAAAAUACUUUUCACCCCUCAGAUCCAAAAUUUGGCUGUGUUGCGUUUGGACUAUUCUUGUGCUUUACAUUUUGACUGGUCGAGCCACAGAUUUACUAAGUUUUGAAUUCGUUCCUGGUUUUGAAGUAUGUGCUCUUGGUUUCGCCGAUAUGAGAGUUCAAAUCGUUCAUUUUUCCAUUGUACUUGGAUUGUUUUUCAUUGUACCGCUAUUCAGUGGUAUGUUCAGCUACUACAAAGUAAUAUCCAGUACCCAUCAACAUCAAGAGAACACAAAUGCAUCACUCCAUUCCAGGGAUAAUUGUGGAGGAAGCAGUUCUUUGAAAGAGAUACACGUUACUCGAAUCCUAUUGUGCGUGGCAGCUGGAUUUCUGUUUUGCUGGAUACCAAUGUGGGCAUUCAUCCUUUGGAAACGUUUCUCUCCAGAAACCUGUUCUAGAAGAGUAGCACUUCUCGUAUCAUUUUUUCUUUUUCUGAGUGCUACAAUAAAUCCUUUUAUUUACGCUUUCACAAACUGUAACUUCCGAAAAGAAUUUCGCAAACUGUUGUGCUGCUGUCAUGCAUCAAACGAAGUUGCCGCGGCUGAUAUUAACGAAAUCAGAGAGAUGGAAGACGAAGCAAAUGUGUAAUCAGUUUUAAAAAUGGCGUCAGGAUUAUUGUAUUUUCAUGUGCAUUGUAAAUAAGCCCUUCUUAGCUUCGACUUUGAGUUAAAAUCUUUAUUCCUCCUUUCCUUGUUGCGGAUGUAUAGAUAUUUUGAUCACCUUUUUUUGGUCAACACUUGAACUUUGUUUGCAGAAGCACUUUAACAAAUAGAAACCAGCCAAGUUUGAUUGGGAUAAUUUUUCGUCACGCAAAAUAGAGAUUGUUAACGGAAGAGGACGUAUAUUUCGGUUCUUUACGACAGAAAAGCAAAAGCUUGACGUUAGUUUUGUUAAUCGUAAAA